AAUCCUCCCCCCACAUCCGCUCUAUCUAUGCUCAUUUGCCUGCUGAAACUGGGCACAGCUCCACUCGCUACGAAUUCCCGGCUAUUCUCAGUCUUCGUGUAGUCCUAGAACCAGUAACCCUACAAUUCGCCUGCUUUGUUCUGUCCUCGCCAAGCUCGUCAGCACGUGCUAUACAUCUUUUGGAAUCCUCCAAAUGCCGUCGUCCUUCUCGCCCAUCCUUGACGGCGCCUCGGCGUCUCGCCACCGCCACGUCACGCCGUCCAACGCUGACCGCCCACUCUCCCUCGAGGCCGUCGCCGAUUGGCUCGUUCUCUCCAAUGGGGCGCGCUUCGGCCUCGAUAUCGGCGGCACGCUCUGCAAGCUGGUAUGCUACGAGCCGCACGGCUCGAAUCCCGACGCGGAAUUCAUCCGGCAUUCACUUGACGGCUUGUCGCCUGCAGUUACCGUCGCCGUUAACGGUAACGGCCGAUCGCCAGACCUUCUGAAGCGGAGAGGCGGUGAGGGCGGGGCGCGGGGGUGCAGAUGCGGCGGGGCACCUGGCGGAAGUUCCAUUGCGGGGAGGUGCGUCGGCAGGUGUGGCGCGGCGCGGAGCGGAAAGCGCAGCGCGGGGGGGCGCAGCAGCCUGUGGCGGGAGAGCCACGAGCCGAUCGGGCUUGGGCCCGGGGGCGGACGGCUCUACUUCAAACAAUUCGAGACGUGGCACAUGGACGACUUCCUCUCGCUCGUGCAGCGCCGCAGCCAGGGACUGCUCUCCGCGCCGCACCCCAUUGGCGCCACGGGCGGCGGUGCGCGCAAGUUCCGGGGGCAGUUCGAGGGGAUCGCGGGGGUGCAGCUCGAGCGAGCGGACGAGCUACAAUGUCUGGUGCGCGGAAUCGACUUCCUGGUGCGCGUGGCCCCGGGCGACUGCUACGGCUACGCCCACGUGGACGCGCUGCCACGUGGCGCCAUCCAGCGGCCGGGCGGCGACUCUGGGUCGGAGUCCCUCUCCACCAGCUGCUGCAGCAGCAGCUGCAGUGGCAGCAGCGACGGGGAGGACGAGGGGGGCGAGAGGGGGGAGGCGGGCGAGAGGGAGCGGCGGAGCAAGAGGACAGGAGGUGAUGCUGGCGGUGGAGCGGUGAGGGAAGGGGGGGAGGAGAGGGUGGGAGGGAUGGGUGGUGAUGGUGUUGGGAAGCAAGGGGAGGGGCGGCAGGUUCAGUUGCAAGCGAGUGCUGAGGAGGAGCGCGUAGAAGGUAGUGCAGCUUGCAGUAACGAGGAUGAGAGCCUCAAGACGCAGCAGCAGAAGCUGCACGAGCAUGCGCGUAUGAUUGGGCAUGAGAAUAGUCAUGGGCAUGGGCAUGUGCAUUGUGAGGGUCACGGGCACCACAGUCACGGUCAUCAUGGGCAACAUGCGCACGGUGCAGAGCAGGGCGGGGGCGAGCAGCAGCAGGGGCAUGUGAGGGUUGAGUCGGCGUCGGACUGGGACGAGGUGGCAGAGGCGUUCAGAGGGGGAAACGAGAGCGAGGGGCGCACACACACGAGCGGGGAGGGCGGGGGUGGCUUGGGGAAUGAGAGUGAGAAGGAGAGUGAGGAGGCGGUGGGGGAAGGCGCAUGUGUGAAGGGGGGAGAUUGUGUGGCGGAUGGGGUAGAGGCGGAUGUGGAGGACGGGGAGGAGGAAGAGGAUGCGGCGAGUGAUGAUGGCGAUGCGGGUGCAGAGAGGGAGGCGCAGGCAGUGAGGAGGGAGGAAGAGGCGGAGGAGGACGACGACGACGGUGACGAAGGGGAUGAAGGGGAGGAGGAUGAAUGGGAGGACGAGGAGGCGGAGGAUGGUCAAGAAGGCAAGGAGCAGGAGGGUGGGAGGGGAGGAGUGGACGUGGGGAGCAGAGCGGAGGAGAGUCCUCCUGAGCAGCUCACGUACCCCUAUCUCGUGGUGAACAUCGGGUCGGGAGUGUCCAUCCUGCGAGUGGAUGCGCCCGGCCAGUUUGAGCGAGUGGGGGGCUCCUCUCUCGGGGGCAGCACCUUCCUGGGCCUCGCGGUUGCACUCACAGGCUGCACCAGUUUCAAGGAGGCCAUGCGGCUGGCAUCGAGGGGUGACAGCACGUGUGUGGACAUGCUCGUGGGGGACAUCUAUGGAGGUGACUAUAUUGAGAUGGGCCUUGCAGCCACCACAGUAGCCAGCUCUCUUGGCAAGCUGGUGCGUCCAGCUGACAAGGCGUCGCCCAGCCGCCGCCCGGAGAAUCUAGCGAAGGCGGUGCUACUAAUGGUGACGAACAACAUCGGGUCCAUCGCCAUGCUGCACGCGCGGCCCGCAGGGGUGCGCCACGUGCUCUUCACAGGCAGCUUCAUGCACAGCAACAAGCUUGCUAUGCGGUCGUUAGCUGUGGCCAUGCAGUUUUGGUCCAAGGGAUGCAUGAAGGCAAUGUUUCUGAGGCACAAUGGGCAUGCGGGGGCAUUAGGGGCGCUGCUAGCAUGUGCGGAUCGGCAUGGAGUGGCCAUCAGCCCGAGCUCCAAACGGCUCAGCCUCGGAAACUCGUUGGAUGUGCCAACUCCUUUCAUGUAAAAGCAUACUGUAACAUCAAGUUACUUUAGGCAAACACAUUGUCGGCCUUGUGCGUGUGCAGAAGAAUACCGUAAUUGCCAACUUGCUGCUGUUAGUUUAUGUUGUCAACAUAUAAUUGUAUAUGUUGUAGGCUAGAUAGGUGCAUGCUCAUAGAGAGUACAACACAUUAGCUUAUAUCCCCUUGUAUCCCCUCAUUCUACUUAAUUCG